AGGAAGAGGAACUUUUUGGUGUUCGUUUAGUACAUAAAAUGAUAUAUGCAUAGACUGACAGCGGAUCUUUCGUAUUCUAAACACGUCGCACGUUCAUUCGACUAAUUAACCGUUUCGAAAGAUGAUACUAUGCUAAUUGACACUAAAUAAAGAUCGGGUUGACGUAACAACGUAAACCGGUGUUUGCAGGCAUGGAUAACGCUGUCACUUCCUGAAGAUCAUCAGCAGGUGUUUCUGUCCAUCAAUCUCUGUCUGAAAACUUCAUUAUGGCUUCUGCUACGGAGCAGCAGCAACAGCAGCAGACCACGCUGGAAUUUUACCAGGCGAUGGCUGACUUUAAGAACAUGUUUCCACAGAUGGAUGACGAUGUGAUAGAGGCUGUGCUGAGAUCCAAUCAGGGAGCUGUGGAUACUACGAUUGAUCAGUUACUCACUAUGAGUACUGACAACGAGAAUGAGAAGAUUAGGAGUGAAUUGGAGCAGAAAGAAGAAUUGCCAAGCACUGCAAAGUCACCUAGGAAAGAUUCUAGCAAAUCGUUAAGAUCUAUACAUAAGUGGCAGCCACCAUUGUUGGGACCAUUGCCAGAUACCUUUCUAAGACUGCCCCAGCAAAUGAUAUCGGAUGAUGGCAUUGAUUCAGUGUACUCGCAAGAGAACUCCAUGUUGGAAGAUGAGAGAAUUGCCAUGUUUUUACAGAACGAGGAGUUUAUGGCAGAACUUCGUUGGAAUGAAGAUUUUCUAUCCACGUUGGAACAUGAUUCGAAACUCGAAAAGUGCAGUGCUCAGACUGGUCAUGAUGACGAGGAUUUAUUUAAGGAAAGACUGAAGAACAUGGGCAAAUUAUCUCGACGUAAAUUCGCACAACUCACGAAAGUAUUCACACGCAGUAAGAAACGCGGGGGCAGGCAAUUGUUGCCACCGACAGCUUCAUGUGACGAUCUCUUGGAUCCAGAAGAGUCAUCGAAACCUCAAUCUUAAGGAAACAUCUGUAACUAUGAUUCUACAGGGAAUAUCUAUACUCUUGUCUUACUUUAUUGUAAAGACAGAGCAAACUUAAUGGCGUUCACAGCUUAAGUGUAAUUUAAAUGUCACAAAAACAAGCAUAUCCAUGUCGCGUAAUUUGCGCGAGACGAAUGAAAAUUAUGUUAGCGUCGUACAUAAUUUAAUUAGUGAUUUAUGUUUCUGGUUCACGUGAUGGAGAUAAUUAGCUGAACAGAGAUAAUGAAAUUGCUAGGCUGAGGAUCCAAAGGCGUAUUAAAACGAAAAGAUAAAAAUUUAUAGAGAAAGAAAAAUUAAUAUCAAGAAGAAAG